AUGUCACGUACUGGUGUAUUGGUCAUGGGUCCCGCUGGUGUGGGCAAAUCCACAUUCUGUAAUUCAAUAAUAGCACACAUGCAAUCCAUUGGCCGUCGUGCUCAUAUAGUCAAUCUAGAUCCCGCAGCAGAGCCUACUGAGUAUGAAUUCACCAUUGAUAUUCGAGACUUGAUCUCAUUACAAGAUGUCAUGGAAGAAAUGGAUCUUGGUCCCAAUGGAGGAUUGAUUUAUUGUUUUGAAUUUCUUUUAAAUAACUUGGACUGGUUGGACGAAGUUAUUGGAGACUACAACGAUGAGUAUCUAAUAUUUGACAUGCCGGGACAAAUUGAGUUAUAUACUCAUAUACCGGUGCUACCCACUAUAGUGCAGCAUUUAAAGACCAGUUUGCACUUCAACUUGUGUGCUACAUAUUUACUAGAGUCACCAUUCAUCAUCGAUAGUUCAAAGUUCUUUAGUGGUACACUAAGUGCAAUGUCGGCAAUGAUCUUGUUGGAGUUGCCGCAUAUUAAUAUUUUGUCCAAGGUGGAUUUGAUCAAGGACGAAGUCUCGCAGAGGAAAUUAAAACAGUUUUUAAACCCAGAUCCAUACCUAUUGGCCAAGGAAGAGGAUGAAGUUAAUCCCAAAUUCAAGAGACUUACAAAGAGUAUAGCCAAUUUGGUUGAUGAUUUCGGAAUGGUGCAGUUCUUACCCCUUGAUUGCUCAAAGGAUAGCAAAAGUGUAGAGACAAUUUUGAGUUAUAUAGAUGAUGUUACUCAGUGGAGUGAAGCACAAGAGCCAAAGGAACCACGUGAUGAGAUUGAAAUUCCUGAUGAAGCAUUUUAG